AUGGUGACACAACUGUACACCCUGCUCCCGGACCGGACGAAGACGGACAAGGAGCUGGAUGCGCUGAGGCUCGGCAACCAGGUCAGGCUGCUGCAGCUGCCCCACGGCGGCGUUGCCGCCGUGCCCACGGAUGCCUACUCCGCCGGCCGCAACGCCACCCGCGACGGCCCCGCGACGGCCGAGCGCUUCCUCUCCCUGGUGCUGCCGCGCCACACCGGCUUCGGCCUCACGCGCACCGAGCUGGCCGAGGCGCUGGGCCCCCGCCACGCCGCCGCCGAUCUGGAGGCCCUGCUGGACUGGGGUGCGCUCACCCGCCACCCCACCGCCCAGACCGCCUCCUACAUAUUUGGCCUGCCGGAUGCGGGGCGGUGCCUGCGCAGCGUGCUGGAGGGCCGCCUGGAGCUGCUGACCAUGCUGCAGCGGCGGUGGCACGGCGAGACACUGGAGGCGGAGCUGCUGAGGAAAGGGCGGCUGCGGCGCAGCACGCUGGGCGUGCUGUGGCAUCUGCGUGAUGUGCUGGGGGCGGGGCUGGUGGUCAGGCGCGAGACGGCGGUGGGGCCCAUGCUGCGCCUCGCGACUCGGACGUAA